CUCAUGCGCGGACGGCUGGCCACAGGCGGCCGGGGGGAGGUAAUCGGCAGCUGAGCUGGCGUUUUUGUGUCCGCAAGCUUCGGCCCGGCUGCGGCCGCCCAUAAGCUACCGGGAGGAGCUUUACGACUUCCCCGCCUGCAGGGCCGGGCGUAGCAAGGGCCAGACGCGUCACGAGCAGGCGCUGCGCCCCAACCGGCCGGCUCCUGGCGGGCCAGUUGCAGAGAAGCUCCUCAAUGGCCAGCGGCAGCUGCAGACCCGGCCGUGCACUCGCCUCACCUGAUCCCGGGUACGUGCAUCCCACAACACCUCCCCCAGCCAGGGCCCGAGGACCCCCGGGAGCGUCCCCAGCCACCUGGCGCGGCUCAUCCUGGGCAAGGAUGGUGAUUGCUCACGCCAAAGCCUUGGACCCCUCCCGGCCUGUGACCUUUGUGACCAACUCCAACUAUGCAGCAGAGAAGUGGGCUCCGUAUGUGGAUGUGAUCUGUGUGAACAGCUGCUACUCUUGGUAUCAUGACUACAGGCACCUGGAGUUGAUUCAGCUGCAGCUGGCCACCCAGUUUGAGAACUGGUGUAAGAUGUUUCAGAAACCCAUUAUUCAGAGCAAGUACAGAGCGGAAAUGAUUGCAGGGUUUCAUUAGGGUGCAAGUCGUAUAUCCUCAUGCAGAUACGUGGGAAGUUCCGUGAAUACAUCUGCAAAUAUCUUAUGCUGAGAUGCUCUUCUCCCCGCCGGGCGCCUGACUGUAGUGAAGGAAAGCUUGAAAGUGAACACCAACCAGGCUUAUGCUGACCUCCUCUCCUACCCAUGGUUUCAUGCCCCUGUGUCUGUCCCACUGCCAAAGUAACCGGAAAUUACUAGAGGAGGUGAGCGCUGAAGUCAGUGUCCUCAGACCCAAGGAUAUUGUCCUCUAGAGCCAAGUUCACCCCUUUACUUGGCAGGGCCUCCAAGAGAUGAGCUGCUGUCCACCCCAUCAGCCCUCACCACCAGACCACCAGGAAGGACAGACGCUCAGGUGCCAGAGCUGCUGCCACCGUCCCCCAAGACACCACGAACAGUCCCUUCACUGCUUCCAGUUGUGUCCGCCUCUGCACGCUGCCCCCAAACUCCUUGCAGAUUUGAAAACUGAGGAAUAAAAAUGAGCAACACUUGCCCUGA